GCGCAUGCGCACUGACCGCCAUGUUGCGGCGGGCGCUGGAGUGGGGUGGGGGGCUGCUCCAGCGGGGCCUGGCGUCGCCCGCCUGCGUCCCCAGCCGGGGCACGGUGGUGGUGGAGCGGUGGUGGCAGGUCCCGCUGAGCAAGGUGGGGCAGAAGCCGCGCCUGCACCCCCGCCGCCACCGCGUGUACCGCCUGGUGGAGGACACCAAGCACCAGCCCAAGGGCGAGCUGGAGCUCAUCCUCACCCAGUCUGUGAAAAAUUUGGGAAACCGAGGGGACAUUGUCUCCGUAAGGAAAUCCCUGGGCCGGAACAAACUGCUUCCGGAGGGCCUCGCUGUUUACGCGUCACCGGAGAACAAGAAGAUGUUUGAGAAGGAAAUUAAACUGUGCCAGGAAGGGAAGUUGGUGAGGCUGCAAACCCAGACUGGGAAAAAGACCCUGAGCUUCUUGAAGAAGUGCCACCUGGAAGUGGGCAUGAAGAACAAUGUGGAAUGGGUGCUCACCCCUGAGAUUGUCGCCCGUCAUUUCUUCAAGAACCUGAGUGUCUUUGUGCCACCACAUGCAGUGAAGCUGCCCGAUGAGCCCAUCACAACAUGGGGCGAGUACUGGUGUGAAGUGACGGUGAAUAAGCUGGAUACCGUCCGCGUCCCCAUGUCCGUUGUGCUGUUCAUGAGACCAAAGACCAAGCGCUACAAGCACUGGCUGGCCAAGCAGGCUGCCCAGACAGAAACCAGCUCGGAGCCUGACUCCUAGGUCCCAGCACACUCCCUGUUGGCACUGGACAGUCGGGGACCCUCCACCCCCAUCCAUGCUGCAACCCCAUGAAGCCUGGGCUCUCCUGCCACACAUGGAGGCAUCUGAUGGCUGGGUCAGGGGAGGUAGGUUCCCUCCAGCUCCAUGGACUGUCUGGGCAAAUCGUCGCCUUUGCAGCUCCUACCUGUGUCCAGCCCACACGUUUUCACAGAAUACUGGGGUGCUCCCAUUGACAAAUAAAAGGCUCUGCCUCUUGUCAACGA